AUGCUUCGUCUGCUAGUGAUUGCUGCGCUUGUCCUGUCUGGUUAUUGCCAUGAGGAAGUAAGAGUUGCCAAUGACAACGGACGUGUUGUAGGAGGAACUGAUGCUAAAAAAAAUAGUUGGCCAUGGCAGGUUAGUCUACAAUACCUCUCUGGUGGUUACUGGUACCACACCUGUGGGGGCUCCCUGAUCCGUACCAACUGGGUGCUGACUGCUGCUCACUGUGUAGACAGUCCAGCUACCUACCGUGUUUCACUGGGAGAUCACAACAUCUACCAGAAUGAUGGCACUGAGCAGGUUAUCUCUGUGAGUAAAGUUAUCUAUCACUCUAGAUGGAACUCAAACAAUCUGGCUAAUGGUUUUGACAUUGCUGUCCUUCGGCUGGCCACUGACGCUAACCUGAACACCGCUGUACAGCUUGCUCAGCUUCCCAAUGAUGGAGUCGUCCUGGCCAACAACCAUCCUUGUAUUGUUUCAGGAUGGGGUUACACUGACACAAAUGGAUCAGUGUCUGCAGUCCUUCAGGAGGCUCCUCUGCCUGUGGUAUCACAUGACAUCUGCUCCACCAACUCUUAUUGGGGAAGAACUGUUAAGACCACAAUGGUGUGCGGUGGAGGAAACGGAAUCCACUCUGGAUGCUUUGGUGACUCUGGUGGCCCUCUCAACUGUCCUGUCGGCAAUGGCUAUGAAGUUCAUGGUGUGACUAGCUUCGUGUCCUCCCUGGGAUGCAAUGCCUAUCUCAAGCCAACAGUAUUCACCAGAGUGUCUUCUUACAUCGGAUGGAUCAAUGAUGCCAUUAAUGCCAACUAAGCAGUAGCAGAAAUAUACUAAGGAAGUGAAUCUGAUGUUCCAAUACAGAUUGAAGAACAUUGCUGGGAUCUGUCUUAAUA